UUAUCUUAGUUGCUUACACAUUGUCUUAGGAUGCUUUCUUUGUGUGCACUGCGACAAUCGAUGAUGUUGUCCAUGACUCUCCUUGGUAUUAUAUAGCAUGCGGUGGGUGCAAAACAAAGGCAACCAAAGGGCCAACCUCCCUUAUGUGCGCGAAAUGUGGCAAGAACGAUGUUGCCGGUGAACCACAGUACCUAGCUAAGAUUUCUGUUUAUGAUAAGAGUGAUGAGGCUGUUUUUGUUCUCCUUGGCGAUGCCGGUCGUGAGCUAACAGGGAAGCAUGCGUCGGAGUUGGUUAGCAAUUAUUUUGAGGCCAAUGGAAAUAAAGAAAAUGGAUUCGAGGUGCCCGUUCCGCAAGCUCUGCUCAACACAAUAGGGAAAACACACAAGUUCAAUGUAAAGGUGACUGAGCACAAUUUAUCAGGAAGGACGCGGGUAAUAACUGUGACGAAGGUCCUGUCCCCAUCUGCUCCACAAUCUACACAAGAUCCAGUUGCUGAUCAAAUUAGUGACUCUGGUAAUGUAACACUUGCGACUGGGGAUGACAUUAUUGAGCCAUCCAAAAGCCCUCAAGAUUCUGCAGAGGUAGGGGUGAAAAGGAUGGGUGAUGUUGUUGAGAUAGGCAACGCUAAACGUGCUAAAGACGGGAACUAAUAUGCCUCUCAUUGUGGCAAAGAAUGCAACUUUUACUACACUUAUCUGUUUUCGCUUUUACAGUUUUUUGGCUUUUGUUUGACUCUUUUUCCUAAUUCUACUUGA